CUAACUUUCUAAGGGAAGAUCCCCCGGGCUUGCAACCUCACAUCACCAAAAACAGCUAGGAGGUUCCGUUCAGCCCAAUUGAACCAGACAAGGUGACCAAAUAAUCCACAGCCCUCCGGGCUCUAGGUUUUGGAGUUUGGGGUAUCGUAGCCCCUAAGUCCCCAUCCCCCAGAUUUUUUGGAAUCAGCCCCAGUAAACCCCCAGUAGACCCCCAGAGAAACCCCAGACUGAUUUCCUCGGUGAACAAGACUAAGUGAUGAGCAUGGAGAAUGGCUAUGGAGAUACACAGAGGAUAGGCAAAUGAUUAUACUCAUGCUAUACUCCACCUGAUUUAGACCCGACGAGCUGGUCUCGUACCCCAGGAUAAAACACCGUUUUUGGUAUCGCCUGUUCAUCGACCCCUUGUUGUAUAACCAAAAUAAAACAAGACAGCAUACGAGCUGGUGUCGGAAGUUAUUACUACGAGCCGUGAAUAAGAAGGCGUCUAAUCUUUCACUCAGCUCUCGCAUCCACUUCAUUUCUCUUUCUCAUCUACUCCCAGCCCACAUUGUUUUCACGGGGUGCGUGUUUGGUGGUCCUAUACAAAAUCUUUUGUUUGUCAGCGUAGCUCGCUGAGUGCUCCUAUAACCAUCAUCAUGUCAUCCUCCAAAGGUCCCGACGCCGAUGGCAUUCAAGCUACAACAUCUCAUCAGGAUGAUGAGCCGAAGAGAUACUCAACAGCCGAGAUAGAGCGAGUUAGCUCAGAACAUGGCGACGCUGAGAGGAAGACGGGAGGAGCAGACUACACAAAGGUCGACAAGGAAGUUGCCAAGUAUUCGUCGGGAGCUAUGAUUGAAAUAUCACCAGAAGAUGACAUCAGGCUUCGAAAAUUGAUCGAUAAGCGUGUUUUAGUAGUCAUGAUUGCUACAUAUUUUCUUCAAUCACUCGACAAAGGCACUCUGUCUUUCUCCUCGAUCAUGGGCCUUCCUAAGGAUACCGGCAUGCUCACUCCUGAUGGCAAGGUCGGCCCGGAGUUUCCGUGGCUUACAACUUGUAUCUAUAUCACUAUUCUCGUUGUCGAGUAUCCGCAGAAUUUCAUCAUUGCUCGAGUUCCUGUCGCCAAAUACCUGAGUUUCUCCAUCAUAUGCUGGGGUAUCGUUCUCUGUUGCCAUGCCGCCUGCAAGAACUUCGCCGGCCUAUUGGUGGUUCGCACGCUACUCGGUCUUUUCGAGUCAGCCUGCCAGCCUGCCUUCGUGGUUCUCUCAUCUAUGUGGUACAAGCGUGAGGAGCAAGCCUCGAGGGUUACAUACUGGUACAUGAUGAACGGCGCGCAGCAAAUGGUCGGUGGACUUCUGGCCUACUGCUUUACAUUGAUCACGGACGGGCCCUUGAAGUCAUGGCAAUGGCUAUUCUUGGCCUACGGCGUCGUCUCCGUUAUCUUCGGCUUUUUUGUCCUCUGGUGGAUGCCCGAUUCUCCGAUGCGUGCCAAGUGCUUUAGCGAGGAUGACAAGCACCUGAUGGUCGAGCGUGUCCGAGGAAAUCAGACCGGUUUGCAGAACCGCACCUUCAAAAAGGAGCAAGUUUGGGACGCCUUGACUGAUCCCCAGACCUGGUGCUAUGCUGGUAUUCAGUUCACGACCACCCUACCGACCAGCGGUCUCGGUAGUUUCGCGAAUAUUAUCAUAAAUGGCAGCUUGGGGUUCACAAUUCUUCAAACGCAACUUCUUUCUAUCGUCCUUGGAGCCUACGUCAUGAUCGUACUUCUAGGCUCAGUUUGGUUGGUGAAGAAGUUCAACCAGAACAUUCUCAUCAUGUUAGGGUUUCUUGUUCCAUCUUUUGUGGGCACUGUCCUUCUAAUGACGAUUCCCAACGAGAACUUCGCCCAGCACGUAGGGUUGCUCAUCAGCUACUAUAUCACGCUGUCUUUCUGGGCAGCGCAAACUUUGGGCCUUUCCAUGAUGUCUCGAAAUGUCGGCGGACAGACCAAAAAGACGGUUGUGGUGGCCACAAACUUCAUAUUUUGGUCGGCUGGCAAUGCUAUUGGCCCUCAAGUAUUCCUCUCGCGUGAGGCUCCCAAGUACUACACGGCAUUCGCAAUUCAUAUUGGCUGCUACGCGUCGCUCGUUCUGAUUCUGUUAUUCUUCCGUUUCCAUCUCACAAGACAGAACAAGAAGAGAGAUCAAUUGGUUGCAGCUGGUGUUAACGAGGCUCACGAUGAUAGGUUUACUCAUGCUUUUGAGGAUUUGACGGAUCGGGAAAACCCAAACUUCAGAUAUGUGUAUUAGAGACCAGUUGGGUUCAAAUUUCUAAUAAAUUCCGAUCAAUGUUCCAAGUUCAAUGAUGAUGACUUGUGUAUAAAUAUACCAUUCACUGUUUGCGUGUGUUCAAUGUUAUGUACGAAUAGGCACAUCAAUCAAUAUGUACC